ACUCAUUUCUAAUUCACAAAAAUUACACUUCACUAGCUGAGCUUGCGUUGCACUUCCUUAUCAGAAAACCAAAACCCAAGAUCAAGAUCAUCUGCUUCUUUCCAUCUCCGAAUCUCAUAUCAUAAUAAGCCCACUUUCCAUUUCGAUCUGUAAGAAACUGCUGUUGCUGUAUUCCGCAGUUGAUUAAAGGUCUGGUAAGUAAAGAUGAAUGAUUUAAUGACCAAAUCCUUCACCAGCUAUGUGGACCUGAAGAAAGAGGCCAUGAAAGAUUUGGAAGCUGGUCCUGACCCUGAUAUAGAGAUGGCAAAUGCAUCAAACACUAUGGAUCGUAACCUUGGCCUAUUCCUUGAAGAAGCUGAGAAUGUCAAGAAAGAAAUGGGAUCAAUCCGUGAAAUUCUAGUCCGUCUCCAAGAAUCCAAUGAAGAAAGCAAAUCUAUGCACAAACCAGAGGCCUUAAAAUCACUGCGCAACAAGAUUAAUACAGACAUUGUUACUGUGCUUAAAAAGGCUAGAACCAUCAGAAAUCAGCUUGAAGAAAUGGACCGUGCCAAUGCAGCCAACAGGCGACUAUCUGGGUAUAAAGAAGGAACCCCAAUUUACAGAACUAGACUUGCAGUCACCAAUGGUUUGCGCAAGAAGUUGAAGGAGCUUAUGAUGGAUUUUCAAGGGUUAAGACAGAAAAUGAUGAUGGAGUAUAAAGAAACUGUUGAGCGGAGAUAUUUUACAGUGACUGGGGAGUACCCGGAUGAGGAGAUCAUUGACAAGAUUAUUUCUGAUGACAAUGGAGGUGAGGAGUUUCUGAAACGUGCAAUACAGGAACAUGGGAAAGGGAAGGUAUUAGAGACAGUAGAGGAGAUACAGGAUAGGCAUGAUACAGCGAAAGAGAUUGAGAAGAGCUUGUUGGAGCUGCACCAGGUGUUCUUGGACAUGGCAGUAAUGGUGGAAGCACAAGGGGAGCAGUUGGAUGAUAUCGAGCACCAUGUGUUUAAUGCUAGCCACUAUGUGAAGGAUGGUACCAAAGAGCUCAAGAGUGCUAAAGACUACCAGAGGAGCAGCAGGAAGUGGAUGUGCAUUGGUGUGAUACUUUUGUUGUUGAUUAUUCUCGUGAUUAUUAUUCCUAUUGCUACUAGCUUCAGUGACUCUUGAAUUGGAGGUUCCCGUGGAGGAUUUAAUACCCUGUUAUUCCUUCUGGUUUUUUUGCUUUACUUUGAAGAUGUCAGAUCCAAGUCCUUGUUCUGGGACUGGUAAAAACUGUUAGAUGUUUCUUCAUAUUGUUAUUGGUUUAUUCUUUUAAUAUUGUGAUGUAGACAUAUUUGAGUACCUACAUUGAAUAUAAAACAUUCUGGCUUUGUUGUUUUUCUCAGCUA